AUUGAGAUGCCCCUUUCAGGCGUUGUUUAGGACGCGUCCAUGGGGCCGGAAGGGGCUUUGUACAGCAACGGAAGCAGCUGCGAAUUCUCCGGCAAGUUUCGAAGAUGCCGCCCAAAGGAAAAAGCAGUGCUGGAAAAGGAGGAAAAGGGGGAGCUGCCUCUGGGAGUGACAGUGCUGACAAGAAGGCUCAGGGUCCCAAAGGUGGUGGCAAUGCAGUAAAGGUCAGACAUAUUCUGUGUGAAAAACAUGGUAGAAUUAUGGAAGCCAUGGAAAAGUUAAAGUCUGGAGUGAGAUUCAAUGAAGUGGCUGCACAAUAUAGUGAAGAUAAAGCCAGGCAAGGGGGCGACUUGGGCUGGAUGACCAGAGGGUCCAUGGUAGGACCAUUUCAAGAAGCUGCAUUUGCCUUGCCUGUAAGUGGGCUGGAUAAGCCUGUGUUUACAGACCCUCCAGUUAAGACAAAAUUUGGAUAUCAUAUUAUUAUGGUUGAAGGGAGAAAAUAAAGUCAUAUGAAAGACUGAAUAAACUUUAUACAUUCUA